AAGGAAAGACAUUUCUGGUGCAGAAAAGGAACCACGUAAAGUGACCACGGGAAAGGCAUCAGUGACUCCAGCAACAGUAAAGCGUUGCUAUCUGAACCCUCUAAAAGCUAACACCUACACUGUCACUCCCUCAGUUCCCUCUCUGACAGCACAGGGAGGAUGUGUGCACCCCACAGCUCAGUCGUCGCCCUGUUCCAAAGGGCGAUGCGCCCACCGGCCGUCCUGGGGAUGCAGAACAGGAUUCGGCAUGUGCGGCGUCGAGGCGCGCAGACACGGUGACAAGAUGAGCAUUUGGUGGAAAGGAACUGGUGACAAAAGCAAUGUGUUUAAGCUCACGGAGGCAGAACCCCAUCUCUCCAGCCUUUACGUAAGUACCGCCAGCCCGUCCGCACUUCUCCACGGCAGGGAAACGACUCGGGCAGUUCGGAGGUGGGAAGGAGAGCGCUGGGAACCGCCGGUUUGCACCGUGCUCCGGGAGGGAUGUGACCGUCGGUUCCCCGGGGCUGCCCUCCGCGAGGGGCCAGCUGGGCUGCCCGGCUCCCGGAGGGCGUUCAGGUGCGAGGCUGCACCCGGCGGUGCCGGCUCCCGGCGGAGCCCCGCAGCCAGCAGCCGAACAAAGAGGCACGGACAAAGAGCGCCGUCCCCGCGCCAGGUACGCGAACGGGGAGAAGCACAGGGCACCGAGACAAAGCUACGCCGUCCUCCCGCGCACCCACCCGACCCCGCGGGACGCCGACCCCGGCCCGCACUCACCGCCACCGCGCAUCCCGCUGCCGCCCGCCACUGCCGCCCCGUCCCGGCCCCGCGCCGCCGCCGCCGGGAGCCGCCCCCCGCACCGCGCAGCACAGCCCAGCGCAGCCCAGCAGCCGGCGCCGCCCCCGGCGGGGCUCGGCCGUGGGUACCCCCGCGGGCGGAAUGGUUCGCUCCCCGCAGGCUGGGGUCGCGGCAGCGGGGCAGGCGAAGAGAAGCCGGAAUAGGGGGGUGGGGCUGGGAGGAGGCGAUCGGGAGAAAAGAGCGGAAAAGGCGAUAG